UUCAAAAGGAUAAGCAAUACACGCAUAGCCAGAAAGUAUACUGCGAAGCCAUACGCUAGUGUAUGGCACCAUACACUUGCAGGAUGAAUUCUUCACAAGGCUCCCCAUCCCACCACGAGGUGAAAGUGCACCAGGAGAAAGCGGAAUUGGUAAAAGAGGAGAUUAGACCGACCGAGGCCACCGUUGACAACAGCAACAAGGGACUGAAAACAAAAACGAGCAGUUUACCCUUCAGCGUCGAGUCACUGAUCUCGAAGAAAACCACUUGUCGGACUGUGUAUACCGCCGCCGGACCUGGACUCGUACUACCCAAGCCUGUCACGGAACAAAUGGAACCAUUUUCUUCCCCGAGGACAUUCUAUGGCGAGAAAAGCAAAUUGCCCAGCGAGAGCUUUCCCAGCCCGUCCGAUAAUUUGAAUGACGAUAACGAAGAUUUUAGCGAUAAAGAACAGAGCACUUGGUUCAGGACGUCAUCCUUUUCAUCUCCACCACGUAACCCCAGCCCUACGCCGUGCACCUUGCGCAAACACAAAAACAACCGCAAACCUCGGACACCGUUCACCACCUCGCAACUCCUGUCACUGGAGAGGAAGUUCCGGCAGAAGCAGUACCUCUCCAUCGCGGAGCGGGCCGAGUUCUCCAACUCCCUCAACCUGACGGAGACCCAGGUCAAAAUCUGGUUUCAGAACCGGAGGGCCAAAGCCAAGAGACUGCAGGAGGCCGAGCUGGAGAAAUUCAAGCUGGCGUCCAAACCUCUUCUACCGGCUGCCUUUGCGCUGCCCUUCCCGCUGGGGGCCCACAUGGGCUCCCCAUCGCUCUACGGGAGCGCGAACUCUCUCCCGAGGCCUGCUCUGCCCGUACCGGGACUUUUCGGUGGACCAGUGGGCUAUGGAAUGUACUAUUUGUCAUAAGUAGAUUUUUUUUGUUUUUUUUUACUGCUGGCAGAGACUUUUUUAUAUAUAUAUAACAGAAUAAACAACGUGCCCUUAUACCAAUUAUGAGAUUGAAAUUGCGGAGGGAAAGAGAUUUUUUAAGACCAUGUACAAAGUAGUUUUAUUUUAUGUAUGACAAAUUUUAAAACAUAUAGCCUUUAAAACAGAAUGUUCAGUUAGAUCGGACCAACCGAAAUAGACAGACAGUUGCUGUCUUUUCCCCCACACUGGGUUUGUCAUUUUCCCCCUCAGAAAAGUUAUGUUAACUGAAUAUUGUACAUAAUUUGUUGGUUGAAAGGCGUGCUCCUGUAAAUUCAAAGAAUUUUCCCCAGUAGUCCCAUACAUGCACUUGGGCUACUGAAAAAAUGAUGCAAACAUUCCGUAUUUCAACGCCAAUUCGUUUUCAUAUAUUUUUUUCCACAGAACAGUUGUCGGGUGCAUUUUUACAUUGCCCUGUUUGAUUGUGUGCGCGUGUGCGAGCGUGUGUGAGGCAGAUAGCGUAGGCUACUACCAUGCAGAAGUUGUACACCACGCGAGUUAAGUACUUAAUGGCCUUAGUGUGUAAGUGCCUUGAAGACCAAAUAUUUAUUAGUCAACAAUAAAGAUUAUUGUGAGAAUUUCGUCUUCUCCACUGAUUAUUUACUGCUUUCCAUUUCGCCUCUUGUCAUAAUUGCUUAAUGUGUCUUACAACGUGAUGCGUAAACUGUAGUAAAACAAAAUUCAUCUCCAAAAGGAGGCUAAAUUCACCGUGCGUAAAACAUAGCACCAAGAUGCAAUCGCGUAAAAAAAAGGUUAUUUGUAGAUAGAAUCAAGUUGCAAAAUAAAACCAGACAGGCCUACAUAAAAUAUUAUGGUUACUUAGAAAAACAAUGCUGAAGCCUGACUUUGUUGUCAAUAGUUCUGGUGUUGUGCAGUGCUUCAACAUUUCAGAUAUAGGCCACUGCGCUUUGAUUGUCGACGAAACACUUCACCGGUUUAUUGAAGGCAGCCUUACAAUUUGGCCCGUAUGUUUUUAAUUUUGUGCAGGUAUAUUAGGUAGGCCUAGGGUCACAACUGCAUUACGCAGAGACCCAUGACCACGACAUCGCACUCAACAAAACAUCAAGGCCUAGAAUUUAAACUCUGUCCGAUGCGAAUUUAUUGUAUUUCAUUUACAGAGCAUUAGUCUGUCUCACAUAACAAAAAUUACAGACUAUAGGCCUAAUUAGCCUAAACAAUUAACCCUUUGAGGAGUACCAUCACAAAUAUGUGAUUAGAAUUUUGUCAAAAUGUUGAGUUCUCAUUAUGAUGUCAUAAGGACUUUGCAAGAUUUUUAACACAGACUUCUAUGGAAGCUGUAGAGUGUUCGAUUAAAAUUCUAAAAGAA